CGCCCUGCUCCGGCACCACCUCCGCGGCCGCCUCCUCUUCCCUCCGGCUCGGCUCCUUCUGCCCCCGGCGGUGGCGCCCUCAGCACCCAGGCCGUAUGAUCAGGCUACAGUCUUCAAUGAGUAACCAUAUUCCUCAGUUCUGUGGUGUUCUUGGUCACACAUUUAUGGAGUUUCUGAAGGGCAGUGGGGACUACUGCCAGGCACAGCACGGCCUCUAUGCAGACAAGUGAACUGUAGAAGUCCAUUACUACUCCACCAAGAAGCCCCCUUAA